GACCUGAGCCCUAGGACCAUGCCCCAGGACUACCUGACAUGAUGACUCCUUGCUGUCCCCAGUCCACCUGGCCAUGCUGCUGUUCCAGUUUCAACUGACCUGAGCCCUAGGACCAUGCCCCAGGACUACCUGACAUGAUGACUCCUUGCUGUCCCCAGUCUACCUGGCCAUGCUGCUGCUCCAGUUUCAACUUCCACCUGACUGUGCUGCUGCUCUAGUUUCAACUGUUCUGCCUUAUUAUUAUUCGACCAUGCUGGUCAUUUAUGAACAUUGAACAUCUUGACCAUGUUCUGUUAUAAUCUCCACCCGGCACAGCCAGAAGAGGACUGGCCACCCCACAUAGCCUGGUUCCUCUCUAGGUUUCUUCCUAGGUAUUGGCCUUUCUAGGGAGUUUUUCCUAGCCACUGUGCUUCUCCACCUGCAUUGCUUGCUGUUUGGGGUUUUAGGCUGGGUUUCUGUACAGCACUUUGAGAUAUCAGCUGAUGUACGAAGGGCUAUAUAAAUAAAUUUGAUUUGAUUUGAUUUGAUGUCUAUGCUAAAAUGUGCUAGCUCGUUAACCAUUAACUGUAAUGAUGUAUUUGAGAGACAAGUGCUCAUUGUGCAAAUGUAUUUAUAUUUUCAAUAAGAAAAAUAAUGAUUUGUUCUGUAGUCUAGAUGACACCAAUGGGGGAUUGCCUUAUUUAGCUUAUACAUGGGGGGGGUUACGGAGGAAACAGGUUGCAUUAUCUCAGGGGCAUCAACAAGCACAUACUGCAUACACUCAAUCUUCAAAGUUUAGAUCACAUUUGAAAUUAUACCUAUGAUUGAAUACAUAACUUUACCAAGACAGGUGGAACUGUUUCGCCUUUGCUCCAAAGCUGUUGCCAUGAACAACCAGUCGAGUCAAUGUACUCUGGUGAAGGUUCCCUUGGUACUAACCCUCAUGAGCAAAGCCUCAAGACGUUAACACUGAGACAACCUGCAUGGCAGGUUCUUCACCUUGCCUGCAUAAGCCUACUAACUAAAUGUAAUGUCUUCUUUUCCUGGACAGUUCCACCUCCAGAAAAUGUGACAGUGAGCUGCAACAACUUUCAGACAACUGUUUAUUGGAACUACAGUGAACUGCUUCGUCAACCUCUCUUCAAAUUGAAAAUAAAUAGUGAUCUCAACCUUAGUUUUCCACUGGAUUCCACUAAACAGCAUCAUUAUGACCUCUCCCCCUUCAUAUGGAAUGCUAAAGAAUUGGAUCGCUACUUUGUGACUAUAACGGCCAGUGAUGAAACGGAGGAAUCGGCAUCUCUGGAGUCCUCGAUAUUCACAUUUAGUAGAGACCUUACAGCUGACAUCAAGUGCAAGUUGGAUUUCCCUGCUGUAAAAGUGUCAAUGAAGGAUAUGGAGGUCACAGUUAGCUUCGACAACCCUUACCACCUGUACACAGAACUGAAAGAGUCUCACAUACGUGAAGAUGACAAACACUUCCUUUACCAUGUAACCUAUGAAAAUACUGAAGGCUCUUUUAAGUGUCAGAUAAAAGACAAAGUCUGUCGCCAUCACUUCACAGUCCGGGAGAACAAGGAGCAGUACUGUGUUAGUCUGGAGGGGAAUGCAAUGAGCCGCAAAGUGAUGUUCAGCAGAAUAGGACCCAUCUGUGGCGAUGAAGACAAAACAAUUUCACUGAAAUCAUCUUUGCUCAUGCUUUUGCCAUUGAUCAUCAUUGGCAUUGUGGCCUUUGUAGUCUUUGUGACAAUAAGGCUCUGCAAGAGAAGUAUGAGGAAAAGAAACUUGUCCAAUUUUCCAAAGACUUUGGCUUCAAUCCUAUCAAACCCACAUGACAAGAAUAUAAUGCAACUGCAAUGCGAGAUCAUAGCGCCCAUCAGUGGCAUAGAACCAGCUACCACCACAUCCCAGAGCAUGUUGGAAACUUCCGAAGAGGAGGAACCGACCACUAACGUUGGAUUUUCAUCUUACCUGCAAUACCCCAUUAGUUCUGGGCAGGUGGGAGAGGGCUUAUUUGACAGAAGAAGCCAAUUAUGGUCUGAGCUUCUGAAGGUGACACAGCCAUGCUCUGUGCUGCUGUGUGGAGAUGAUGACUCAGAGGAAUCAGACUCAAGGACAUUGGAGGUGGAGGACAUGGAUUCCCCAGCCUCUGGCUAUGACACACAACACAUUCCUCUACUGGAGGUGGAGAUGAGUGCAGGAGAUGUAGUGGUGCACUAUGGCUCCACCUGAGCACCUCUGAACUCAGGCCUCUGUAAAUCACACCUUUCACUGUAUAGGUGAAAGACAAUGACUUCACAGAACUGGUUUACCUAGGUACACUGAUACACUGUCGUGCCUCACUGAUUUUCAAUCACGUCUUCAGUGGUGUAGCUCUUCAUUCCAAGACUCAAUCAUGGACACGCUUACUGACAGUUGUGGCUGCUUAGUGCGAUGUAUUGUCUUAACCUUCUUGCCCUUUGUGCUGUUGUCUGUGCCCAAUAAUGUUUGUGCCAUGUUUUGCUGCUGCCAUGCUGUGUUUUCAUGUGUUGCUGCCAUGCUAUGUUGUCAUCUUAGGUCUCUAUGUAGUGUUGGGGUUUCUCUCAUCGUGACUUUUGUCUUAUAAUUUUAGAUAACGAUUAACACUUUGAAUAUUGUUAUUUUCUGUUGUUGUGUUUCUUUUUUUAUGGUCCCUGUGAGAUUUCUGGAAAUCUAUCGCCAGUCCAAAUCUGUGGGCUGAACUAAUCCUCAGUAAACUUUACUCAGGCUGUAAAAAACUUUGGGCUUGUUGGGCAUUGAAAUAUAAUUGAAUAACCAAAUGAAUGACACACUACUCCAAAUCAAACACUCAGUAUUUACUAAAGAUAUCCACUGACUUUUAUUUUCUGUAAUUCCUCUCGACAAAACCCCCCCAGGAAGAAUCUUUAGCUUUAUUGUAUAAGGUAGAAUGGUUUGUGAACUGCACUCUGAUGAUUGACAUGCUACCUU